GCUUUCUCAACAUCAACAAAGGAGAGAAAAAGAAAGAGAAGAGGAGCAGAAGAAAAAUAAGCCACGGCUGGACAGAUAUGUGGGUUUAACUGACAGAAACAGUGUCAAUACUGUGGUAAACAGAAGGAUCACUUCCUGCAGUGCCAGCUGAAACAUGGAUGCCUUCAAGCUGAUGAAGGAGCUGAGGGUGAAUUACGAUCAGGAAGUGCAUUAUCUCCCCAAAGUCGCGGGACUCGUCUUCAUUGAAUCCACAGUGCCGGGUGACAGUCGGAUCUCAGCCAAAUGCAGAGAUGCCAAAGUGGAGGAUCUGUGGAGUCUGACCAGCUUCUUUGGUUAUAGCACACAGACAUUCGUCCUGGCUGUUAACCUGCUGGACAGAUUCCUCGCCAUGAUGAGGAUCCAGCCCAAGCACCUGUCCUGCGUCAGCCUCAGCUGCCUCCACAUGGCAGCCAAAGUGACGGAGGAGGAGUGCAACCUGACGCCCACUGACGAGCUCAUCCGCAUCGGACAGUGCCGGUUCACCGUGUCCGACCUCGCCCGCAUGGAGAAGAUCGUCACCGAGAAGCUCAACUUCAAGUCCAAAGCUGUCACCGCCUUAACCUUUCUGCACCUGUACCACGAGAUCGCACUGUCGCACUGCACUGAGAGGAAGGAGACGCUGAGCCUGGAGAAGCUGGAGGCUCAGCUCAAAGCCUGUCUGUGCCGGAUCGCCUUCUCCAAAGCAAAGCCGUCCGUCCUCGCGUUGGCACUCCUGAGGCAGGAGAUCGAAGCUCUUCAGUGGGAGGACAUGUUGGAAGUAGCCUAUUACAUUCAAGCACACCUGAAGAUCGCUAAUGUCGAGCUGAUGCUGUGGAGCGAGCGCGUGGCUCAGUGCCUGUCGGACUACGCCUCCCCCGAGUGCAGCAAACCCAACCACAGGAGGCUGCAGUGGAUCGUGUCGCGCCGGACCGCCCAGAACCUGCACAGCUACCGCAGCGUCCCCGAGCUGCCCACCAUCCCCGAGGGCUGCUGGGAUGAGAGCGAGAGUGAGGACUCGUGUGAGGAUAUGAUGAGCUCGGGCGAAGAGUCUCUCAGCAGUUCUCUGGGCAGCGAUGCUGAAGGGUCCUUCUUCCCUCCUCACCUCCGUCGCCAAAAACAACGCCAAUACCUCUUUGCCUGAAGCCUCCGCCGCCCCGUGCCUCGCCGUCUCCACCACCUACCGCUCCGUUCCCCCCCCUUCAGCUUAUUCACCUGCCGUCUUUAAUUUAUUGUUCAAUAAGCUCUGGUGCUGGUGGAGAAGAGCACAUCUGGCAGCUGAGCAGUUAGAAAUCCUCCAGGUAGAUUUGAUAGAUCUUUCUGUAGUUUGUAGAUGUGUCGGUGCAUGUUGAGAUGCUACAUUCCAGGAUGCCAGAUUAUUUUUUUUUUUUUUUGGGGGACACUCAAGUGAUGAUUGGCAGAUAAACUCUGAUCAGUCUGGUCUUCAAGGUGCUGAGCUAGCAGACGCACGCAGAUCUGCUAAGAUGUCAGAUCAGACCAGCAAAGUGAUCUCCCAAAACCUGUUUUUAUUUUAGAGAACAUCUCUGACUGUUAUUAAUCCAAGACUGUUUUCUGAGUUUCUGUGGCGUACAGAAGCUGAGAGCAGCAGCGGUCACAUUUUCUCUUUUUUUCUCAGCUGAUAAAUCAGGAUUUUAAACUAAAUGGGAGAAAUCUAACGAUGUAACAGUGUUGAGCUCUCCACAUCAGACUGAAAACCUCCCGACCGUGGCUGCUCCGCUCUUCUGUUCAAGUUUAAUUUGCACAGUUUUAUUAUUAUUAUUAAUAUUAUUUUUAAUUCAAUUUCAAGUGUUAAAUAGUGGAAGUGGAGGUUGAAAACAUUUAAUGAGUAUGUGUUUAUGGAUGUGUGUAUGUAUGAUGUUGCCAAUGUUAGGAUGUAGCUUAAAGGAAAAACAGAAAGUCUGUUUGAAACAAAUAAUACUGACCGAGAGUCAAAAAAAAGCAGAAAAAUGUCAAAAAUGUUCAUACAAAAACAUGUAAAAGUGUAAAUGCUGUACAAAAAAAAUGUUUAUAGUUUUUUUGUAGAUAUUAAGUUAUUUAUUUUCUUUUGU